AUGCGGGGAUGUCUGCUGUUAGCCCGAUGGCUGGGUGCAGCGCCGAAGCUCCCGGUUACAAGCCUCAAGUCGCCAGCUGGAUUUCCAUUCCGUUAUAAUUCUAUACGAUCCUUCACAGCCUCCGCAGUAUGGAGUGCGCGAGCGAAAUCACCCCCGAGCUCACCAGAUACAAACCUUGAACAACGAAUCGCCGCAAUUCCACUUGAACGAUAUCGUAACUUCUGUAUUGUCGCGCACGUCGACCACGGCAAAAGCACCCUUUCCGACCGGCUACUCGAAUUGACUGGCACGAUUCAGCCAGGUUCAAAUAAGCAGGUUCUUGAUAAACUGGAUGUUGAACGAGAGAGAGGAAUUACUGUCAAAGCGCAGACAUGUACUAUGAUCUAUAACCACGAGGGCGAGGACUACCUACUACACUUGGUGGAUACCCCAGGCCAUGUGGAUUUCCGUGCAGAAGUGUCGCGUAGUUAUGCGAGCUGUGGUGGUGCAUUGCUCCUUGUGGAUGCUAGUCAAGGCAUCCAAGCACAGACUGUGGCCAAUUUCUACUUGGCUUUUGCACAGGGUCUUGAGUUGAUUCCAGUCAUCAACAAGGUCGAUCUCCCUUCAGCGGAUCCAGAGCGGGCUCUGGGCCAGCUGGAGAGCUCGUUUGAAUUAGAUACGGAAAGUGCGGUCCUGGUUUCAGCUAAGACUGGAUUAAAUGUCGAGGCUCUCCUACCCAAGGUCGUGGAGAAGAUUCCUGCACCUAUUGGCGACACACAAAAACCCUUGCGCAUGUUGCUAGUCGAUUCUUGGUACGAUCCUUACAAAGGUGUGAUUUUACUGGUGCGCGUUUUCGACGGCGAGGUUCGAGCAGGACAACAACUUGUGUCCUUUGCUACUGGCCUCAAAUACUAUGUUGGCGAAGUGGGAAUCAUGUACCCGACCGAGACAGCACAAACAGUCCUCCGCGCAGGCCAAGUGGGAUACAUCUAUUUCAACCCCGGUAUGAAGCGAAGCAAGGAGGCCAAGAUCGGUGAUACAUUUACAAGAGUCGGUUCUGAAAAGGCAGUUCAACCUCUGCCGGGUUUCGAAGAGCCCAAAUCCAUGGUCUUUGUGGCUGUCUAUCCUAUCAAUGCUGAUCUUUUUGAGCAUUUGGAUGACAGCAUCAACCAACUUAUCUUGAAUGACCGAAGUGUGACUGUGCAGAAGGAAUCAUCUGAGGCCUUGGGAGCUGGAUUCCGUAUGGGCUUCCUGGGAACACUGCAUUGCUCUGUGUUUGAGGAUCGCUUACGACAGGAGCACGGCGCCAGCAUUAUCAUCACACCGCCUUCAGUCCCAGUCAAGGUGGUGUGGAAAGAUGGCACCGAGGAAAUCAUCACUAACCCGGCGAAAUUCCCGGAUGAUGAUAGUGCACGACUCAAGGUCGCUGAAGUGCAAGAGCCCUAUGUUCUGGCAACAUUGACAUUCCCCGAAGAAUAUCUUGGCAAGGUCAUUGAGCUUUGUGAAGCCAACAGAGGUGAACAAGUAAGCAUUGAGUACUUCACUGCCACUCAGGUCAUUAUGAAGUAUGAAAUUCCCUUGGCACAUCUUGUCGAUGACUUCUUCGGGAAGCUGAAGGGCGGCACCAAGGGCUAUGCCAGCUUAGACUAUGAAGAGUCCGCAUGGCGCCCUGGAAAUAUUGUCAAACUUCAACUUCUCGUGAAUAGGGUUCCCGUUGAUGCCGUGGCACGACUCAUGCACAUGAGUCAAGUCAGCCGUCAAGGUCGACUGUGGGUCACCAAGUUCAAGGAGCAUGUUGACCGACAGCUCUUCGAGAUUGUUAUUCAAGCUGCAGUUGCUAAGAAGAUCAUUGCCCGUGAGACUAUCAAACCCUACCGCAAAGAUGUCCUGGCAAAACUCCACGCCAGUGAUGUGAGUCGCAGACGAAAGCUGCUAGAGAAGCAAAAAGAAGGCCGUAAGAGGCUCCGGGCUGUUGGAAACGUUCCUUUAGAGGAUGCACAGAUUGAUCUGGGCAAGGCCCAGGUCAUUGAUCGUACCCCAAAAAUCAUCAAGGAACUGAAGUUCGGUGUAUUGACAAAGAACGAUAUUGUGGAUCAAGCCGCCGUGGAAGUUUCGGACAGAAAGUUUUUCGACCUCGAAAAUGGCAGACAGAUUGUUGCUCAUGGCCCUCUCGAUACCCGUAUGGGUAUCUCCGGCAAAGUUGCUACUUGCGCAACCUGUGGUCUCAACUCCAAGGAUUGUAACGGUCACUUCGGUCAUGUGAAAUUGGUUCUUCCCGCCUUUCACGUUGGUUAUUUCAAGCGAGUCAUUGGUAUUCUACAAGAAAUUUGCAAGCAAUGUUCUCGAAUUCUCCUCCCCGAGACGGAACGCCGAUCCUUUCUACGAGAAAUGAGACGUCCAGGUUUGGAUAACCUGCGAAGGAUGCAGAUCGCGAAGCGCAUUAAUGAACGGUGCCGAAAAACUCGGGUUUGCGAGCACUGUAAUGCGAUCAACGGUGUAGUGAAGAAAAUCGGUACAAGUGCCUUGAAGAUUACCCACGACAAGUUCCGUGCUUUCAACGCUUCGGCUUCGGUGAAAAAGCAGCCUCCACUGAGCAAGCAAAUUUUCGACGACUCCUUCACUGAGGUGCGAAACUCCAACCCUGAAGUUGAGAAGCAUUUCAAGAAGGCACAGGAGGAUCUGAAUGCUCUACGGGUGCUCCAGCUGUUCAAGAAGAUCUCAGACAGCGACUGCGAGCUUCUGGGGCUGGAUCCCAAAGAGGCACGCCCAGAGAUGUUCCUUUGGCAGUACAUUCCAGCUCCGCCUGUCUGUAUCAGACCUUCUGUUAUUCAAGAGGCCGCAUCGACGGAGGAUGACUUGACUGCGAAGCUCGGUGAUAUCGUGCAGAGCAACAUUAAUCUUAAGAAUUCCUUGGUUAAGGGCGCACCCGUUCAAACUAUCAUGGAGUGUUGGGAUUUCAUGCAGCUUCAAAUCGCGGUUUACAUCAACAGUGACGUGCCUGGUCUCAACAAAGCAGAUCUCGGAAAGCCCAUUCGUGGAUUUGUUCAACGACUCAAGGGUAAGCAAGGUCGUUUCCGUGGAAAUUUGUCUGGAAAGCGUGUCGAAUACACUGGUCGAACUGUCAUUUCUCCCGAUCCCAACCUCCGAGUCGAUGAGGUCGCGAUUCCCGAGCUGGUCGCUAGGAAUUUGACCUACCCCGAAGUUGUCACCCGAUACAACAAGGAAAAGCUGCAAGAGCGAGUCCGUAAUGGAACGAACAAAUACCCCGGUGCCAGAUUCGUCAUCAAAAAGGGCUCCAACUGGCAAAUGAAUACAAAAUUCGGUAAUUUGAAGCAUAUGGCAAGUCAACUUCAAGAAGGUGACAAGGUUGAGCGCCAUCUUGAAGAUGGUGAUAUUGUGCUGUUCAAUCGACAGCCAUCCCUUCACAAGCUCAGUAUUCUUUCCCACUUUGCCAAAGUUCGGCCGCAUCGAACAUUCCGACUGAACGAGUGUGUCUGUAACCCUUACAACGCCGAUUUCGACGGAGAUGAAAUGAACUUGCACGUUCCCCAGACGGAAGAAGCCAGAGCAGAGGCAAUGGAGCUGAUGGGUGUCAAAAAUAACUUGGCUACGCCCAAGAACGGUGAACCCAUCAUUGCAGCCAUUCAGGAUUUCAUCAGUGCCGCUUAUCUGCUAAGUAGCAAGGACAACUUCUUCGACCGUCGCUCGUUCUCUCAAAUCUGUCUUUACAUGCUGGGUCCGGAGACUCGCUUCGAUCUCCCACCUCCUUCGGUCAUGAAGCCGCAGAUGCUGUGGACUGGUAAGCAGGUUUUCAAUAUCCUGAUGCAUCCCAAUAAAGAUGAUCCUGUCUUGGUCAACCUCGAUGCUGCAUGCCGUCAGUUCAAGAUGCCGAAGGAUGGAACACCCAAGGAUUUGGAUCCAAAUGACUCUUGGUUGGUGAUCCGCAACUCGGAAGUUAUGUGUGGUGUCAUGGACAAAUCCACCGUUGGUGACGGAAAGAAGGACAAUGUGUUCUACAUUAUGCUUCGUGAUUUCGGACCUGCUGCUGCCGCCGAGGGCAUGAAUCGUCUUGCCAAACUGUCGUCUCGAUGGCUUACUAACAUGGGUUUCUCCAUCGGUAUCACGGAUGUAUACCCCAGUGAGAGGCUUGUUCAGUCCAAGAACGACCUGGUCGAAGCUGCAUACGCAAAAUGUGACGAAGUCAUUGCUUCAUACAAGGCUGGUACUUUGGAAAAGUACCCUGGUUGUGACGAGUUGCAGACUAUGGAAAACCAACUGUCCGGUAUUCUCAGCAAGGUCCGUCAGCAGGCUGGUGACGAGUGUAUCGCACAACUCAGCAAGUACAAUUCGCCCCUGAUCAUGGCUACCUGUGGAUCCAAGGGUUCCAGUAUCAACGUAUCCCAGAUGGUUGCCCUUGUGGGUCAGCAAAUUAUCGGUGGUCAACGUGUCCAGGAUGGUUUCCAGGACCGAACCCUCCCUCACUUCCCCAAGAAUGCCCGUCAGCCUCCUUCAAAGGGUUUCGUCCGCAACAGUUUCUUCUCAGGACUUGAGCCUACUGAGUUCAUCUUCCACGCAAUGUCCGGUCGUGAAGGUCUGGUCGAUACUGCUGUCAAGACUGCCGAAACCGGUUACAUGUCUCGUCGUUUGAUGAAAUCCCUCGAAGAUCUUUCCACUAUGUAUGAUGAUACCGUACGGAACUCAUCUGCUGCCAUCGUUCAAUUCCAGUAUGGUGACGAUAAACUGGAUCCUGUGGAUAUGGAAGGCAAGGCCAAGCCUGUCCACUUUGAUCGAACAUUCAUUCACUCCGAGUCUACGACAUAUAACAACUACGAGCGAAGCUUACUUCCUGCAGAAAUGAUGCAGGUUUGCGAGGAAUUGUUGGGUCCAGAGCGCGCCAAGUUGUACCGUAAGGAUCUUAUGGGCAAUGACUUGGCAUACAUGGACCGGAGUGACCACGGAAUUGAUCAGUUUGAGAGCGCACGUGACUUCCUUGACUCUAUUCAAGACUACGUGCAAGGCAAGGCCGAUAAACUGAUUUCUCGUGGUGGCGAUGCCGAUUCAUCUGGUGAAGUGAACCAGCAGGCCUUGCAUCACACUGGAAAAUUGACUGAGACAACUUUGCGCGAAUUCAUUACCUCUUGUCUGACGAAGUACAGAAAAGCGCAAGUUGAGCCAGGCCAUGCCGUGGGUGCUGUUGGUGCGCAGUCCAUUGGUGAACCAGGUACCCAAAUGACGUUGAAGACUUUCCAUUUCGCUGGUGUCGCUGGUAUGAGUAUUACUCAGGGUGUUCCCCGUAUCAAGGAAAUCAUCAACGCCUCCAGGGAGAUUAGUACUCCUGUCAUUGCCUGCGAGCUGGUCAACAAGGAACAGAUGGCCGCUGCACGUAUUGUGAAGGGUCGUAUCGAGAAGACGUAUCUACGUGAUGUCUUGCGAAGCAUUACUGAGAACUGGACUGGCAGUGAGGCCUAUGUCACUGUCAAAAUCAACCUCCAGACGAUCUCUGAUCUGAAACUUGAACUUACCAUGAGACAAAUCACCCAGGCAAUCAAAACACACAAGCGAUUCAAGGGUGACGAUCUCACAAUUCGCACUGGUCGGGCAUCCAUCAGACUUUAUAUGAACAUGGAUCCGGCGACCAAGUCAACUCUAUCAAAGACGGAGAUUGCCGCUACCAGUACUGAUCCCUUCCUGCGUCUCAAGCACUUGAAGCGAAUGUUGCCCAAUAUCCAAAUUCUGGGCCAUGCUCGGGCGGCACGUGCCAUCAUUCGAACGGAUGAGACCUCAACCAACAACACCCUCUUGGUUGAAGGUUACGGCUUGCGGGAAUGCAUGACCACCGUUGGUGUGGAUGGUCUUCAUACCAGAACCAACAACGUCAUGGAAGCGCGCGAGGUUCUUGGAAUUGAAGCAGCGCGUAGUACUAUUAUCACUGAGAUCAGUGAAGUCAUGAAGGACAUGGGUAUCGAUCCUCGCCACAUGCAACUGCUCGCUGACGUGAUGACGUACAAGGGUGAGGUACUUGGUAUCACUCGUUUCGGUCUAGCCAAGAUGCGUGACUCCGUUCUUCAACUCGCCUCCUUUGAAAAGACCGCCGAUCAUCUUUUCGAUGCCGGUGGUGCUGGUCGCACUGAUUUGAUUGAAGGUGUCUCUGAAUGUAUCAUUAUGGGCAAAACUAUUGGACUUGGUACGGGUGCCAUGGAAGUUGUGCGUCGACUGAAUUUCUAUGAGGGCCAGAUUGGUCCGCGCAAAACUACUUUCGAAGAUGCUUGGUCUGAGAUCUGUGAGGUACCUCCUCCAGUCCGGGAAGGGCAAGAGGAGAGCUGUUCGAUAGUUUCCUUACUAAUUUAUCGUAUCGCUCCCUGA